AUGAGUAUGCUCUACUUCUGGGUCCGCGUUUUCCUACCGGUUCAGGAGUCACCACGAUCCAGCCUUUCCCAAGUUCCAGCAGUUUAUCUAGUCUGUCUUCGACUCUGGCUUCGGGCGGAGACAGCAACCUACUCUCACUGGUAUAUCAAUAGUGCCCAACAGCAGCCAUUCGAUCCAGCGAAGGAUGCGUACGAUAAAGCGGUCAAUAUUCUGCGAAAGGAUCUUACAGCAGCCGAGUGUCAAGUAAUACAAAGGCAAAAUUCAAUUCAGGAUGUCAGAUUCGCUCUUGACAAAGCUUUGGAGGAAUACCAGAAGAAAUCGAAGGCUUCAAAGGUUCGAGACUGGCUGGCAAAGUGCUCGUCUCGAGUAAUGUACUAUGGAGGUAGGCUGAAGCCACUUUACACCGAGUUCUUCAGGAAUGAAGCUCAUUACGAGACAGCUGUAUUCGACACGUUCUCGCAACACCAUCCCGAAUACGUAUCUCUGGCUUGGGGUGCCUUCAAGUUUAUAUUCAUUGCGGUUUUCAACUACGAGGAGCUGCUUGUGGAAGUUUCAAAAGCCGUUUCUCGAAUCGCCGACGUACUACCUCGAACCGAGUUCCACUCGCUACUCUAUUCUACCCCAAGAAUGCAGGAGAACGUGACUCAGCUCUAUGCAAAAACCCUAGAUUUCUCGAUCAAGGCUAUCCAGUUCUACAAGAAAGGAAAAUUGUCACAUUCUAUAGCCUCCAUCGUCAAGCCCUUUAGCUUGACCUUCAAGCCAAUCAUUGAAGAAAUUAGGGAGAGGUCAAUACGUGUAGACGAGCUUGCUAGUGCGCUUUCUAAGGCCGAGAUCAGAGACCUUCACGUGAAGGUUCAUCGGCUCAGCCAGUCGGUAGCACAGCUGACUGAAAUGAUGGUUUUCGAAGAAGAUUCUCUUGCAGAAGCGCUGAGUGCGCUUGCGGAACAACACCUCGACCUUGAUGUUCUGGACCAGUCCAGAGACACUUCAAACUUCAUAUCCUACCUUCUCGACACCAUUCAGAUACUGGAAGCUGAAGUCAACUACAACGAUGCCUACUCUGAGAUCAACGUCACCGAAGAGGAGUACGAAGAAGCAGUCAGCAUGUUUGACCGGGGGGUCGUCAAUGCCCGUCAUCUGCAGAAGCUUUUUCAGCCAAAUAAAUUGGUCAUCUUGAAGACCUCUGACGACUUCAACGUCUAUGCGUUGGACGACUCCCCGGAGAUUUUGAAGGAAGAGGUCCUUUUCGUGGGAUGGUCUUACGUCUAUUCCGAAACCAGCUUGCGGCAAAAGAUCUGGCGCGACAAAAUGAGUCCUGUUGGCGAUAAAGACGUCAAAAUAUCGAGUCUCAAGGUCCACCCGGUCAGCUUUGGAGGCAAGGAAGACAUUGAAAAUUUGACUCUAAGGGGCCAAGCAUUUUGGGGAAUGAAGGGGCAACACUAUGGAUGCUACACUGGCUGGGAUCAUCGGCACGAACAUUGCUACAACUCAUCUAGAUUCAUGGUAGAUCUGGCUACUCAUCAGCUCAUGCACCCGUCAAAGAAAGUCGGUCGUCACGUUGCGAUUGAGGAGCCAAUCAAUCAGGUCUGGCCAAAGCAAAUCAAGUGGGAAGACAAGAUAACACCCGAAACGAUUUUGCUUCUUCCGUCAACUGUGCACGGUUUCAAUCUCCAGGAGAAGAAAUGGGUGGACCUAGACGUGGAUAAAUUCCAUCCUGUCACUUGGAACAAGAACGCAUUUAAGCGUCUGGUCCUUGAAGAGAAGACAAAAGAAAUGAUAUAUGCUCUCGUAGACAUCCAAACAGCGACGAAAAGGAUGGACGACAUUAUAACCGGGAAGGGGAAUGGUCUCAUAGUUCUUCUUCAUGGCAGCCCAGGUACAGGGAAAACCCUAACAGCCGAGAGUGUUGCAGAAAUUGCAGAGAAGCCCCUGUACCGUGUUACCUGCGGCGACAUCGGUACUGAGGCUCAGGAUGUUGAGAAGUAUCUCGCUACGGUUCUAUACCUGGGGAAGCUAUGGGACUGUGUUCUUUUGCUUGACGAAGCGGAUGUCUUCUUAGAAGAAAGAACUUUUGCCGACUUGCAAAGAAAUAGCUUGGUGUCAGUGUUCCUUCGAGCCUUGGAAUACUCCGAGGGUAUCCUCAUCCUCACGUCGAACCGCGUCGGUCACUUCGACGAAGCCUUCAAGUCGCGUAUCCAGGUGGCAAUCCAUUACGACAAUCUCUCCAAGAGGUCACGCAAAGACAUUUGGCAAAACUUUCUCGAAAUGAUUGAGGAUUCUGCAGAUGAAGAUGCCAACAUUGCUGAGCUUGAAGAUCAUUUGGAUCAGCUAGCCUCGGAGGAGAUGAACGGCAGGCAAAUUCGUAAUGCCUUGCUCACGGCAAGGCUAUUGGCCAAGCAACGGAAAGAACGGUUGGAAUGGGUCCAUUUGGAUCAAGUAAUGAAGACUUCGGCGGCUUUCAACAAGUACCUGAAGACGCCCCUAAAUGAUUGUCACCACAUCCAUGAGUUUCUCAAUCGUGAAAUCCGGUCUCAGCUCCUCAAACUUAACCCGCUCACCAUACCCAUAACGCGCUCCGCACGCCCUAGCACCAAUAUUGCGAACAAACUGAAUAUCAGCAACCGUAUCCCCAAACACCACUACCUCAGACGCAUCGACGACCGCAUCAGCCAGCCCAGCCUCACGCAUCUUCGGCACCAGCACAUCCGUAAAACUCCCAACAUCAGGCUUCCUCGUCGCCCCAGGCGUCUCAUCACCCACAAUCAGUUCAUCGAGCGCAUACCCAUCAAGGCUAUUAUUCCGCAGCGCCGCGUGGACGGCUUGCACGCCAUUGUUGCUCACGAUAUCGACGGGGAUCCCACGCCGUCGUAG